UUUUUUCCCUGUGGGAUUUUGUUGGGUACUUUGAUACAAAAGCUGUAAUUUACUCUGUAAUCAAAACUGAGAUCAAAGGAAAGUACUGUUACCUGAGGUCUCUUAGCAUGAAAGUGGAAGAUGGCACUAAGAGUUAGAAUUUUUAUUGAUUUUUUUCUUUUUAAAAUAACUUGCAGUUGAAACCUGAGUUCUAUAGCCCCAGAACACCAGUUGAAUAAAGGCCCAAAGUUGUAGCCAUAACUAGGGAUAUCUCUCAGAUAAUUUUAAAUAUAUGAAAAAAGCAACAGCUAAAUUGGAUUCUUCAUUUAUCAAAUAUAAAAGGCAAUAGUUGGUGUCAUUCUACUUAAGAAAAUCCCCUGCCUGAAAAAUAUAGAAAUAUUUGGAGUGAAACAUUAGGAAAUUGAAUAAAAAAAUAGGGUUUGUCUUUUGAUGCGUAGAAGAAAGGACUUUUUAAAAGGUGCAUUGCUUGUGUCUUAUGAAGACUUAGCUUCGAAUUCUGUGAUCCAUUUGGCAUCCUGAAGAUUUGAAAUAAUGCACAGUUUAUUUCAAAGGAACUGAGUCUGAGAAUAUAAAAAGCUUAUUAUGUUGGUUUUUAAGAUGGAAGGGCUUAAGGAAGGGAAUGAGAAUUGCCGAAUUGCUGAACUAGAGGCAGUCUCAAAAUAUUUCCGAAAAUCAAGGACUCUGAAGAGCACGAAUGGUGGUUCAUAUUUAUAAUUUCAUAGAUCAGAAAAGAAAGACUUAAAAAUUCUGUAGAGAAUCUUUUUUUCUUUUUAAAUUUAAUCUUAAGUUUAACCUCAGGAAUAUUGAAUUCUUACAGUUGCAAUAGACAGUGAUUCCAGAAGGCCUGAAUUUGACCUUUGAAUAAAAAUAGUUGGUCACUGAAAUUUAUUGACCAUUAAACUUUAAGGAUCCCAGGUGGCACAAGGGCUGAGCACUUGGCUGCUAGCCGAAAGGUUGACAGUUUGAAACCACCCUGCAGCUCCCUGGGAGAAAGACCUGGAAAUCUGUUCUGGUAAAGAUUUCAGAAAACCCGUUGGGAAAGUUCUCUUCUGUCACAUGGGGUCGCUAUGAGUGGAAGUUUACUCCCUGGCACCCAACAACAACAAACCAUUAAACAUCAUGAACUGUUCUUGGUUCAUUUGUUUUUAACUAGAAAGUGUUCUCAAAGUAGAUCCCCUCUGUACUGGAAGUCUGAAACUUGUUUGAAUAAAGUUUCUUUUGGGGCUUUUCAGGGAAAGGAAAGUUGUUUUAAUUUGAAUUCACAUAAAUUAGGUUGCUCUUGGAGAAUAUUUAGGAGGCUGAUUUUUUUGUUUGUUUUUCCUGUCACUAAGAGACGUAUCAAGUGGGUUGAAUUUUCAUUUGGUAAAAAAAUAGUAGAAAAUUGCUUAACCACACCAAUUUUUAGGGGAGGUUUCCCCCCCCCAGCGGUGAUUAGUGAAGUGGAAAGGAAUCAGCCUGGAAGGCCAGGGCAGAGUCAUACACCUCCACGGUUUGUUCCUGGCUGAUCUUGGGCAAAUUGCCCCUCAGGUCAGUCUCUCUCUGUCUCUCUCGUAUGCAUGCACAUAUUCCCACUCUUAGACUUUAAAAACGGGAAGGAUAAUAACCCAUGGUAAAAUGGGAAGGCUAAUGCCCCACUCUAGUGUAUUAUUAUAUAGUGUAAUAAAUGUCACUGAUAGAAGUAGGUUGUACAUGCAUACCUCACAGAGGCAGAAGAAAGGUUGAGAGCCACUGCCAGUAGUUCACCUUAAAGUAACUUGGUGAAGGUAAUGUUACUUUGAUGGGUCUCUUGGAGUUUGAACUGAGCCUAUGUUAGGAAGCCAUCUUUAACUGCAUAGUAUAUUGGUGGUCUUUUCCAGUGGGUUGCUUAAAAGAAAAAGAUUUGGCUUGCUAGAGAAUUACUGCUUUGCUUAAUAAGUGGUGCUGUCUGCCAGGCAUGAGGUUGUUCCUUUAGGUCAUUACUUAUUUUUUAGCAUGUAGGUUGUGUUGCAUCAGCUGUGGCUAUAAAAAGAAUUAGGGGCUUGUCUGAAUCUCUUUUCCAGGUCAUUCUAGAAGACCAUUUCAACCAUGGCAGUGGCCAAAGGUAGAUAGAACUGGAUACUCAGAAAAGGCAGGAACAGAGGUGGCUAGAGUUAGUCUAUUCAGAACCAGCAUUUUCAACUAUUAUUUUCCCUGUUGAUUCCUGAUUUCUUUGAGAAUGCUGUGGGGGCUUUGAGGUGAGUCCAGAAAAUUCGAAGAAAGUUUUUAUCUUUUUCUUAUGUUUUAUUUUAAAUUUGCCCCCCAGUGAUAGAUGUUCUGCUUAUGAAGAUUUACUAUUUUGAUCAAUUUUUAAAACCUUGUGUGUUAGAUCCCUGGCAAUGAAAGACUAGACUUAGCUUUGAAACCAGAAACAGGAAGGUAUUUCCUUUGGAGGGGAGUCAGCUGCUCAUUUCUUAAAGAGAGUUCAGACACCACUGCCCAUGGAAAUUACCUCACCAAAGCACUAUCCAGUUCUUUGUGGUUGGAAGAACUAGUUGUGUUGGGCAGCAAGCCUAUAGUGGUAUUACACUGGAAAGGAUGUGGGUUUUGAAGACCUUCACAGUCACGAUUCUGUCAGAUUCUUCUCCCCUCCAAAGGUUCCUGGUUUUAUAGAACCUUUGGAAAAUUUACCGUUCCCUUCGCCAUUUUCAGGACAUCAAGAAAAGUGUUUAAGUGGUUAUUCCUUUAUUCACAGAGAUGGUUUGUUGACCCCUGUAAAGAGUUUAGAACCAGGUUUACUCAGUGGGUUGCCAUUCCUGAUUUGAUCUUUUAGGCUUGGCUUGGGACAGAUCAUCUCCCAUCUGUGCUAGGUGCUGCCUGUGAAUUUUUCUCUGGGUCCUAGUCUUAUUAAUCCCCUUGCUCAGAAGCAGUUCUUUCAUGGAUUGGUUGGUAAAGCUCACUGUUCUAUCUUGAACUUCUCUUGUCACCUGUGAGUAAGUUGUACUCAUGAUGGCUGGUUAAUUUGGAUUCCGGUUUUUUUUUUUUGGAGGGUCAGGAAAAGGGGUUUCAUUAGGACAGAUUAUCAGGGGAGGUGAUCACUGGAGGGUAAAAUGAGGAUCACUUACAGACUCUACUGGAAGGACAGCUGUAUAGUUUUUAGUGUGAAAUGUUUUGAGCCCUGAUAAGUGCCUGAUUCUCACAUGAUAUUUAUAUUUUGAUCAGAUUCCAGGAAUGUGACUAUCCCAGUAUAUUCAGUAAUCUGUGACCCACUAACUAAAAAUGGUUCUUACACUUUUAAAGGGUUGUAAAAAACAAAACAAUGAAUAGUAUGCAACAGAGACCAUGUAUGGCCUGCAAAACCUAAAAUAUUUAUUACGUGGACUUCUACAGAAAAAGUUGGCCAAGCCCUGGACUGUCCAUGAUCAUAACGGAACUAGAAGAUGAGGUAUAUGAGUGACCUAAAGCUGCAAAUUAAAGCGGAGAGAGAGCAGUGCCAACUGGGUGCAGGGCAAGGAUGCCAAUUCCUCCUCCCCCUCCACCCCUACCUGGUCCUCCUCCACCUCCCACUUUUAAUCAGGCAAACACAGUGCAGCCCAAGCUGAGUAGAGAUGAACAGCGGGGUCGAGGUGCCCUCUUACAGGACAUCUGCAAAGGGACCAAGCUGAAGAAGGUGACAAACAUUAAUGAUCGGAGUGCUCCCAUCCUUGAGAAGCCUAAAGGAAGCAGUGGUGGUUAUGGCUCAGGAGCGGCUGCCCUGCAGCCUAAGGGAGGCCUCUUCCAAGGAGGCGUGCCGAAGCUCAGACCUGUGGGAGCCAAGGACAGUUCAGGUACUGAGAGCCUUGCUGGAAAACCAGCCCUGCAAGUCCCAAGCUCUCGAGCUGCUGCCCCAAGGCCUCCGGUGUCUACAGCCAGCACCCGCCCUCAAGAUGAUACAGACAGCAGUCGAGCCUCACUCCCAGAACUGCCCAGGAUGCAGAGACCCUCUUUACCAGACCUCUCCCGGCCUAAUACCACCAGCAGUACUGGCAUGAAGCACAGCUCCUCUGCCCCUCCUCCACCACCCCCAGGGCGGCGUGCCAAUGCGCCCCCUACACCUCUGCCUAUCCACAGCAGCAAAACCCCAGCCUACAACAGAGAGAAACCGUUGCCGCCGACACCUGGACAAAGGCUUCACUCUGGUCGAGAGGGACCUCCUGCUCCACCCCCUGUCAAACCACCUCCUUCCCCUGUGAAUAUCAGAACAGGACCAAGUGGCCAGUCUCUGGCUCCUCCGCCACCGCCUUACCGCCAGCCUCCUGGGGUCCCCAAUGGACCUUCUAGUCCCACUAAUGAGUCAGCCCCAGAGCUGCCACAGAGACACAAUUCUUUGCAUAGGAAGACUCCAGGUCCUGUCAGAGGCCUAGCACCACCUCCACCCACCUCAGCCUCCCCCUCUCUACAGAGUAAUAGGCCACCUCCCCCAGCCCGAGACCCUCCCAGUCGAGGAGCAGCUCCUCCACCCCCGCCACCCAUGAUUCGAAAUGGUGCCAGGGAUGCUCCUCCCCCUCCACCACCAUACCGAAUGCAUGGGUCAGAGCCCAUGAGCCGAGGAAAGCCCCCACCUCCGCCCUCAAGGACGCCAGCUGGGCCACCUCCUCCUCCACCACCCCUGAGGAAUGGCCACAGAGAUUCUAUUACCACUGUCCGAUCUUUCCUGGAUGAUUUUGAGUCAAAAUAUUCCUUCCAUCCAGUAGAAGACUUUCCUGCUCCAGAAGAAUAUAAACACUUUCAGAGAAUAUAUCCCAGCAAAACAAAUCGAGCUGCCCGUGGAGCACCACCUCUGCCACCCAUUCUCAGGUGAAGCCUGGCUUGAUCCUGUUCCUCAGGAAAAGGAUGGACCUUCUCUUCUUCUCAGAUGGUCCCUUUCAUUCCCCUGAAACCUGCAUGAGAGCUCCUGAUGUGUUUCUCCAGUGCAAACAACCCCCAGACUCCAAGUGUUCUCCCAGCUCACCUCCAUCUAUGCAUCUUGUCUCUGGACUUGGUGACCGGACUCUCUAUCUUGGCAGUAGGGUCUCAAACCCUGCAUUCAUCCCUCCUCUAGCAGCCCUGCUAGCCAGAUGAGGAAGAAGCUUCCAUGUCUCCUGCUUUCCUCUUGGGGAAAGGUGCCUUGUUGUGAUGAGUUAACUCAUUGUUGGGGCAGGGUAGAGAAUGGUACUCCUACCUCCUCCUACCCACUGUCGGGGAAGCUUGGCAGAUAUAUUGUAUUUCAUCAUUUAGGAGGCUGACAUGGCCAAGACUUCUGGGGGGUGGGGUGGGCAUUUUCAGUGAAACAGGAAAGGAGUUUGCAGACAGGUGAUCUGUUUUAAAGGUCAGGUUUGGAAAAAGGGCAAGGAAAUGGUUCUACUUUAUUUUUAGGGGUGUUUUUUGUUCUGUUCUCUCCCCCCUCCCAGGGAUAAGUUGGAUAUAAACACUAAAUACUAAUCAAUUGAACUAAACAUCUAAUAAAAAGAGAGGCGAGGGUAAAAUAAACUGGGGAUCCUUCUAGAAAUAGUCAGUUCCUCUACAGCAAAGGGACCAGGAGCUAUUUGAAUCCUCUGGGACUCCCUGCCCUAUUUCCUCAGGGUACUGAGGCUGAGGGAUGUUUUUCCUCUCCCUAAUUCCUAGCCCCUCAACAGAAAAGUUGCCUUUUUUGUGGGGGCAGAGGGGACAUCAUUCAUUCCUAACUCACAAACCUCAAAAACCUCUGCUGGGAGUUGGAAGAUAGGGCCUAGGCCUUGGCCUUGACCUUAACCUUGACCCCACCUCAGCCUUUCUGACUGGUCCUGAAGGCCAGAGGCUCCUUCAGUCCUUUCCAGAAAACUUCAACCCCGGUGGGUGCUCCAGCAUGACGAAGAAGUACCUCAUGGAAGGGACUGUCUCUGCAGGGCCACAAAAGACUUUUAACUUAUACCUGCUUGUUUGGAAGUUCACAGCCCAUCAGACUGAGCAGGCUUUUCUGUUCCUUCCUGCACCACCCUCACCUUCCCAAGACUACAAGGGUUAACACACAGCAGAAUAGACAAGGGUAAGGCAGGGAGUAGAAGCUUAAUGAGGGUAGUCAGGGAUCCCUGCAUGCCAGGAAGCACAAAGAUGUUAGUGAGAUGUGCCUCAGUCUAAUGGAUAUUCCUUGGCAGCCAGCAGUACGUGUUUCUUCAUCUUCCAGACCCUGGUUAAAGAGCAAAGAGAAAACAGGUUUCCAAUCUAGGUAGGAACAGAGCUUAAGCGAUGAGACGGGGACUACCCUUUCUCCAACAGAAAGAUGGGGCUCCUGGGUUCCACAUACCAGAUGGUUUGGUUUGCUACAGCUGUUGCCUUGUGACUGUUCCUUGAAAUGGAUGGGGAAAGUUAGUUAAAAAUUUUCACUGGCCAUAGCACAGGUUUAAAUUCCUUAGGUACCGUCCCAGCCUUUUGGAUCACAGGCUAAGGAUCUGUGCAUGUUGCCAGGUGAAAUCCAAGUCUUCCCAGUGCUAGGUGAAGGAGGGCCCUGGUUGGGUUAUCUAUAUGGAGUCUGCUGUCCUUUUCCAUCCCCUGGACCACACUGACUCUUGGGACAAACCAUGAUUAGGUCAGUCACCAGACUUUUUCUAAUCAUUCAUCUUUAUCAUUCUUAUUUUCAAAUCUGUUAGCAGUUAUCUCUUAGAAGUAUCCCCAGCAUCCUAAAGUAACUGGAGCUGAGAGAGAGACACUAGUAGAGGGAAAGGUAGAGGGGAAAAGGACAGAGUACAAGAGUCGAUAGUGCAGCCGGGUUCCAGGGUAGAUGCUGACAAGUUACUGAACUUUGACUGUGAAGUCUUCCCAUUUAUUUUUGAAAUGGGAAUUGAUGCCUUUUGUACAAUGUUAUCAAAGUGUGUCUUUUUUUCCCUAUACUCAAAGCAUCAAGAUAAGUAUCACAAGUAAAAGCCAAACCCCAGCUUUUUGUUGGGGCUGAUAUUGUCCUCUCCUCUGCCUGCUGCCCCUCAUAUCCUUCAGCAUUUGGACUGUGUCACAUGGGUAUUGAUUGUGUUGUAUCAGCCUCAUGAAAAAGGGCCUGGGCCUAGAUCUAGUCAGAAGAGUUUUCUUUUUCAGAGCACGGUGAUGACACAGUACCUAUUUAAAUAUUUUUGCCUUAUACACUAUUUGGUCUCACUGUUAAUAACAGAUUUAUUAUCAUGUAUAUUUACUAUUGAAGAUUGGGAAUGUGAUCCUCAUAGUUAGUGAUCUAUUUUGUAUGUUGUAAAAAGCUUGUAAUACAGGUUUAAGGUGGGCUGGCUGCAAGAGCACUAAAACUUCUCACCUUUUAAACUGCUCUUUUUAUCUGCUUGUGGGACUGUCGUCUCUUCAGUGGAAGAUUGGGUGGUCUCAUGUUGAGGCUGUUGCCCAGUCCCAUUAACUCCCUUGUCCCCUCCCAAAGGAAGAGACAUUGCCCAAGUAAGCGUCAGGAAGCUGUGUUAAAAGCCCUUGUGCUUGUGUUGGGUUUUGUGGUGUUUUUCCCUAGUGGGAAAAACUUCAUAGUUGUUUCUUACUGCUCUGUCUGGUAAGCAGGGUGGUGGCCUCCAGGUUUUUAAAUGAGCUAAAUGUCACUCUUCCCUCUCCCUGGUCAUCAAACCUGGACCAAAGCACUUUGAUAUUCCAGGUGUGGUUUUCUCCAGCUACUGCACAAAGCCCCGUCGCUUCCAUAGCCUGGGUCCGCAGAGUGAGAAUGCUACCCCACCUGAUGGAUGUGAGGCUGCUCCAUCCCAGCCCUCCCAGCUAGCAAAGACAAGGAGACUAGUCACUGGCCAUUGCACUGGGGGAGUCUUCUCACCCCACGGCCUCCCAACUUGAAACCCAGAUUUACCUCCAGGGAGAGGUGAGAAAAAAAUUGUAAAUAGACUUGCUACAGAGCAACUCAGGGUUGGGGUGUGUUUGUAUUCUCCUGAUCACUUGAAAUAAUCUGUAGGCUGAGUGCUUAUGGGAGUGGGGGAGAAGUAUGACUCCAGGGUUCUGCCCUUCUGCAAAGCUCUAGGGGGUGGAGUAUAGGACAUCUGAGGCUCUUUAAUGGCACUACAUUGAGCUGUGUCCUUCUGCAAGCCUGACCUGCAGUCAACUGCAAAUCUAAUUCUUCACAUUCCAGUCGAAGUUUUUCUUUCCCUAUUGAAUCUCAGUCCCUGGCUGUGUGGUCAAGCUGGCUUUCUGCCAGCCACCCUUUAGGGAAUGGGAGGGGAGAGAGGAGGGCCAUUACAACUCUGCCUUUACGACUCAUCUCCUAAAAACAAAAUGAAACAAAACAAUCACCUUCAAAAACCUAUUUAAAAAAAAAAAGCUGUUUAACUAAAGGCAGAGUUUGGUUCCAUUUAACUCCACGUUCAUUGUGCCUUUACUUGUGUUAGAGUUCUGUGCUUUCGUCCUCUCUUCCUCUUUGAAGCAAUUAAAAUCUUCCUUAAUAACUGCUGUUUUCUUCUUUCUGCUUCUGUUUCUGACAACCUAGUGGGUUCCCUCUCUUGUCUUAAAUUUCAUUCCAUGGUGGCCGAGGGGCCUAGACUUUUUUCUUAAUUUCUUCUAACCUUUGUCUUUUCCCAGGGUGACCAGCAUGGAAGUCACAGUCAACACUGAAUAAAAGACUAGAAUGACA